AUGAUGAAGGACGACACUGUCGAGAUCGAACAUUCUCAGGGCAUCGGCCGUGACCACAGCGAUGCUGAAAAGGGUCAUCUUGAGGAUGUGAAUCUGCACAACAAUAUCUCCGCGAGGAUUAAGAACCCGCUUGCCCAUCUUACUGAAGCCGAAGUCAUUCGGGAUGUUGACGGAUUCAUGCGUCAAUAUGAUGUUAAUCCCACCUACGGUGAUGCCCUGAGACGUGGAGCUCUUGUUGCACGAGAUCCUACCGCCUAUGAAUCUGUCCCACAUAUCGAAGAGUCCGAAAUUGCUGCUCUUGAUGAUGAGGUGCUCCACAAAUGGCGCCAGCCUGUAGCCCUUUACUUCACCAUCAUUCUCUGCUCCAUCGGUGCAGCGGUUCAAGGCUGGGAUCAGACUGGCUCAAAUGGAGCCAACCUAUCCUUUCCCCAGGCUUUUGGAAUCCCGGAAGAUGAAAGUGUCAAGAACCAAUGGCUUGUCGGACUGAUCAAUGCCGCUCCUUACAUCGCCAGUGCUGGCCUAGGAUGUUGGCUAUCCGAUCCGGUCAAUCGUAUCCUUGGUCGCCGUUGGACAAUCUUCAUUUCUGCCAUUUUUUGCAUCAUUGCCCCGAUUGGAUCUGCCUUGACCCAGAAUUGGCCUCAACUCUUCAUCACUCGUCUACUACUUGGAAUUGGAAUGGGUCUGAAGGCCUCCACCAUCCCCAUCUUCUGCGCUGAGAACACUCCUGCCGUCAUUCGAGGUGGUCUGGUGAUGUGCUGGCAGUUGUGGACGGCAUUUGGCAUCUUCCUCGGUUUUUGCGCAAAUCUGGCCAUGAAGGAUACCGGUGAUAAGUCGUGGCGUUUACAACUGGGAUCUGCCUUUAUCCCUGCUGUUCCUUUGCUCGUCGGUGUAUUUUUCUGUCCUGAGUCUCCCCGCUGGUAUAUUCGACGGGGUGAGAUGAACAAGGCCCUCAGUUCUCUCUUGCGCCUUCGUAACACUCAACUGCAGGCUUGUCGCGACCUGUACUACAUUCACUCCCAGAUUCAGAUUGAGCAGAGCCUCAUUGGUGAUAGCAACUAUCUCACUCGAUUUGUGGAACUUUUCACCAUCCCACGAGUCCGACGUGCUACUCUCGCCUCUUUCACCGUGAUGAUUGCUCAACAGAUGUGCGGAAUCAACAUCAUUGCGUUCUAUAGUUCGACCGUCUUCAAAAAUGCUGGCGCAAGUGAUACUGCAGCAUUGUUCGCAUCGUGGGGAUUUGGAUUGGUCAACUUCCUUUUCGCAUUUCCAGCAAUCUGGACAAUUGACACCUGGGGUCGACGCGCAUUGCUCCUGUUCACUUUCCCACAGAUGGCUUGGACAUUGCUUGCGGCCGGCUUCUGCUUCUACGUUCCAGGUAACGGAGGCGCCCACCUUGGCAGUAUCGCUCUCUUCAUUUUCUUGUUCGCCGCUUUCUACUCCCCUGGAGAGGGUCCAGUACCAUUCACGUACUCUGCAGAGGUAUUUCCGCUGUCACACCGUGAGGUCGGUAUGUCCUGGGCUGUAGCAACCUGCCUGGGAUGGGCAGCCGUGCUCUCAAUUACAUUCCCCCGUAUGUUGGUGGCAAUGACAGCAACCGGGGCAUUUGGCUUCUACGCUGGCCUUAAUAUUACUGCAUUGGUCAUGAUUUUCCUUUGGGUCCCCGAGACUAAGCAACGAACCCUCGAAGAAUUGGACUACAUCUUUGCAGUCCCGACUCGGGUCCACAUGCACUAUCAGGUCUUCAAGGCCCUGCCUUGGUGGAUUCAGCGUUACAUCUUCCGCAGGGAUGUACAGCUUGAGCCUCUCUACAAGUUUGACGAUUUGCCUGGUCACAGCGAGGGUAUCAGCGAGAAGGUCGUAGCUGAUGUCGAUACAAAGAAGGGUUAUGGUGUAGAAGCUGAUGCUUAG